CCCACGCCCGCCCCCGCCCCCGCCCCCGCCCUUCCCCAAUCCACACAACUGCACAUCUCCUCCGACCAAAUGAAACUGCCGCCGCACGACUCCGGCGCCUCGCCGCGGCCGCUCGAUGUGCUCAUGGACUUGGAUCUUGAUCUCGACGCUGCCUGGCCGUUGGAUCAUAUAUUCGCCGGAGCCGGUUCGAAUCCCGACUCCCCUCUGCUCAUGUCCAACUCCGAACGCCCCUGCUCGCCGCUCUGGGCUUUUUCCGAUGAUAAUUCCAAUGGGAAUUUUGUGGCAGCCGCCGGUCUCCGCCUCUCCGACUCCUCCAAGAUCCUUUCCUAUGGCGGCAAUCCCGGCGGCGGCACGUCGGAAACUCCGAAUGAAGACAAAAGGAAGGUGCCAUCCCCCUUCGUCAGUUUGGUGCCUAUGGAAAAUUGUGUAAUAAAGGAAAGGAUGAUGCAGGCUCUUAGGAACUUCAAAGAUUUGUCCGGGCAGCAUGUUUUGGCUCAGGUUUGGGCGCCGGUGAAGAAAGGCGGCCGGAAUAUGCUGACGACGUCGGGGCAGCCAUUUGUUCUCGAUCCUACGAACAAUGGUCUGCAUCAGUAUAGGUUGAUUUCUUUGGGUUAUAUGUUUUCCCUGGAUGGAGACAUGGAUGGGAAUUUAGGGCUCCCGGGGCGUGUUUAUCAGCACAAGGUGCCGGAAUGGACUCCGAAUGUGCAGUACUACUCGAGCAAGGAGUUUUCGCGGUUGAACCAUGCUUUGCAUUACAAUGUUCAGGGAACUUUAGCCUUGCCCGUGUUUGAGCCGUCUGGACAAUCGUGUGUCGGCGUGCUCGAGCUUAUCAUGACGUCGCAGAAGAUCAGCUACGCUCCGGAGGUUGAUAAGGUUUGCAAGGCACUUCAGGCAGUGAAUUUGAAAAGUUCGGAAAUAUUGGACAACCCGAGCGCGCAGAUAUGCAACCAAGGUCGUCAAAAUGCACUGGCGGAGAUCUUGGAGAUAAUCACGGUUGUAUGCGAAACGCACGAGCUACCGUUGGCUCAGACUUGGGUCCCCUGCAGGCAUCGCAGCAUCCUUGCGAACGGCGGCGCUUUUAUGAAAACUUGCAGCAGCUUCGACGGGAGUUGCAUGGGUCAGGUUUGCAUGUCGACGACCGAGGUGGCGUUCUAUGUUGUCGAUGCUCACUUGUGGGGUUUCUGCGAGGCUUGCGCCGAGCAUCACUUGCAAAGAGGUCAAGGUGUUGCUGGACGGGCAUUCGAAUCCCACAAUUCAUGUCUCUGCCCGGACAUUACGAAAUUCAGCAAGACCGAGUACCCGUUGGUGCAUUAUGCGCGCAUGUUCAAGUUGAAAGGAAGUUUCGCGAUUUGCUUGCGGAGUAAUCACACCGGGAAUGAUGAAUAUGUUCUGGAGUUUUUUCUUCCUCCGAAUGUCGAAGGGUAUGACGAUCAGCGGGCUUUGUUGAACUCAAUUUUAGCAACAAUGAAGGGGCAUUUUGGAAGCUUAACGGUUGCUUCCGGAAAAGAUCUCGACGAUGAGUGGCGGUCUAUUGAGAUUAUCGACGGAUCUAUCGACGAGAAGCUUAAUUUCGUACCCGAUUACGCCGCUACGUCUCAACCCAUGUCCGUUUCGCACAAUGCCUUCAGCGAGUUGAAUUCUUCAACUGGUAAUGGAAAUUCCAGUCGCCCCGUCGACGCUCAAAACGUAAAACCCACCGCUGUAGUAAAAGAUGCGAAGAAACCGGAGAGGAAGCGAGGUAAGGCCGAGAAAACAAUUAGUUUAGAUGUUCUGCAGCAGUAUUUCGCCGGGAGUCUUAAGGAUGCGGCAAAGAGUCUCGGUGUUUGCCCUACUACGAUGAAGCGUAUAUGUAGGCAGCAUGGAAUCUCGCGGUGGCCCUCGCGCAAGAUAAAUAAGGUUAAUCGUUCUCUUUCGAAGCUAAAGCGUGUAAUUGAAUCUGUCCAAGGUGGCGAAGGAACGUUCGGUUUGAGUUCCUUGGCUAUGAGUCCAAUUCCUGUUACGGUUGGUUCUUUUUCUUGCGCAUCAUCUGCGAUCGGAUUGAAUGAAUUAUCCUCACCUGGUUCUGGGCUGUCUGAAUUUCAGGAUAACAAGAACGAGGUUGUCGUAAAUGCUGUGCAAGGAUUGGACGGACCGGAAGAGGCUCCCCCAAAUUGUGUAUCGGGCGAUAGAGACGCAGCUGGGUUUGUGCCAGCCGAGCACUCUAACCGAACUGGCUCGCAAGACGAGAGUGCAGGAACCCCGACUUCCCGAGGCUCGUCUCACGGUAGCCAGUCCGUCAGAAAUGGUACACCUCCCGAUGACACGGGCGUUGCCCGUGUCGAUGAUCGACAUAUGAAUGCCGGCGGAUCCAAUGAUUUAGCUCGUCAACAAAUUAGAGACGUUAACUUAUCCGCGGCAUUCCGAGUCCCGAAUAAUUUUCUAAUGGAGCACGAGAAGCCUUUCGGAGGAAUGUUGAUCGAGGACGCGGGAAGUUCGCACGAUCUCAAGAACUUGUGUUCCACCGACGCUAUGCUCGACGAGUACGGCGUCGAAUACAGCUGGACAAAGCAGUCCCGUUUUCUCGACGAGAUGCCUGAAGACGUGCAGGCUGCUCCGGCAGAUCGAACCCACGCGUUCGCAGCCCGGCCGGAAGUGAAGAGCGUCACUAUAAAAGCCACACACAGAGAAGACAUCAUCCGGUUUCGACUGCCCAUCGACUCCGGCAUCAUCAAGCUGAAAGAAGAAGUGGCGAAACGGCUGAAAUUGGAGUCGGGCACCUUCGAAAUCAAGUAUCUCGACGACGAUCAUGAGUGGGUCUUAAUAGCCUGCGACUCGGACUUAACGGAAUGCCUCGAAUUAUCGAAAUCAUCCGGCGGCAACAUAAUCAGGCUAUUGGUACACGACAUUAUGGCCAUUCUCGGAAGUUCUUGUGAGAGCUCCGGCGAAUGAGAAUGAGACGACGUGAGGUCUGCCGGCUCCGGCAGGUAAAAUUUUACCUUUCUUCCUGGUUUAGGACAAUUCAGGUACAGUGUAUUGUUAUCUAUUGAAGUUUAGCACUUGUUCUUCGGGGUCGAAAGCUUAAGCUUAUUUGGUCGUCUCCCUGUCAGUGAAGUGUAUACUAAUUACUACUUAAGGGUUGCUGUUUGUGGUAGCUUAUUGGUAUAUAUUAGUUCAUAUGUUAUUUGAUCAAUAUUUUGAGUGUUAGCUGAGUAUAUUUAUGAACACAUAAACAACCAGCCUUCUUCAUUCAUACUCAAAUGGCACUAAUAAGUUGGUCGAUUUAGUACCAACAUUAGGAUACAAUAAUUCAGAAACAUGAAAUAGAGCUAGAUUUAUUUGGGCCAAUUAAACCAUCUCAAUUUUAGAAAUGUUUUGGGCCGAGCCCAAUCCGGCUUGGGCCUUCCGUUCCGCCAUAAUUCUCUUAGUGGACUUGUAAAAUGUAGCGUACAAUACUAAUUGGGCCAGCCCAAGAAAUGUCCCCAUCCCAUUCGGUGC